AUGGCUGUUCUAUUCGUAGUUUGCUUGCUGCAAUUAACUGCUAUUGCUGGAAGAGAGAGCUCAGAUUUGCCCCAUUCCACUUGUUCAAGAAUCGUGUCAACACCGUCUGGGAAAUCCGUACCCCUAAUAUUUGCCACUGGUGUAGUUGGGAAAUUCUUUGGUUCUUCUGGAUAUGAGAUAUGGCAAAUUGAUAUAAAGGAUAACAAAUGCUAUGCAAACGACAAAGUGUUCGGUGAUCCCUGUACUGGGCAUUCUGGCAAUGGUUACUAUAAUUUAACAAUCAAUGACGUUACGAAAAUCCGCGAACUUCGUUUCAUUGGAUACAGUGUUAUUUGUGUGGCUAAAUUUGUCCCGAAAUGUCAAUUCAGAUCUGUUGAACCAGACAACUUCUCGGAAAAUGAGGCAAAUGAUCAGAUGGAUUGCACCUUCAAGUAUGAACGAGGAGGAAUGGAAACUGGCACACAUUUCACUGUCGAAGAAUUUUAUUUAACUCUAGGAAUGAGUGUUUAUGGGACAAAAGUGGUGUGUCAACCGAUAUAG